AUGCGGUUCACGGUCAUCGUCACCCUCCUUCUCUCCUCCACGGCCCUGGCCUCUGCCUACGACGCCCAGCCCGCAACCGUAACCGCUUCAGCAGUCGCCUGGUCCAGCUCCUCUGAUUCGUCCGAAACGAACCCGGACAGCAGCCCCACGCUCGUCCCGCACUCCAUUGUCACGGCGAUUGGAUCCGCCAUCCCGCACUCAUGGUACACCGAUGUCUUGCAAGCCACGUUCCGCGAUUCCAUCGAGAGUGAAAUCCAGGCUGGCACCAUGCCUGCUUGGUACAACUCCCUACCUAGCUUUGUCAAGGCCUGGGCUUCGUCUGAGGGUGUCUACAUCGACCCCUUUUUGGGUGCUGAAUUGACUAUGCUUGUUGGCUCGACUUCUUCUAAUGCCCCUGCUACUGGUGUUCCUGCGCAUAACACUGCAUCUUCUAUGAGCACUGCGGCCGCCACUAGAACCGGUGCCUCUAGUACUAAGAAGUCGGCUCCUUCGUCUUCAACCUCGACUGGUGGCGCUCCAAUUGCUACAGGUGGUGUUGCUGCGGGCAUUGCUGGCGUGGCUGGUAUCCUUGGACUGGCUCUGGCUCUGUAG